GGGCCUGAGCCCCGGUCGCGGAGACCCCGACGAGCCCGGCAGGGUCACCAUUUGCAGCACGACAUGGCAGGAGCUGGAGGAGGGAAUGAUAUUCAGUGGUGUUUUUCUCAGGUGAAAGGAGCGGUAGAUGAUGAUGUAGCAGAAGCAGAUAUAAUUUCUACAGUAGAGUUUAAUCAUUCUGGAGAAUUACUAGCAACAGGAGAUAAAGGUGGGAGAGUUGUCAUCUUUCAACAAGAGCAGGAGAACAAAAUCCAGUCUCAUAGCAGAGGAGAAUACAAUGUUUACAGCACCUUCCAGAGCCAUGAGCCAGAAUUUGACUACUUGAAAAGCUUAGAAAUAGAAGAGAAGAUCAACAAAAUUAGGUGGUUACCCCAGAAAAAUGCUGCCCAGUUUUUAUUGUCUACCAACGAUAAAACAAUAAAAUUAUGGAAAAUCAGUGAAAGAGACAAAAGACCAGAAGGCUAUAACUUGAAAGAGGAAGAUGGAAGGUAUAGAGAUCCUACUACAGUUACUACACUACGGGUGCCAGUGUUCAGGCCCAUGGAUCUGAUGGUGGAGGCCAGUCCACGGAGAAUAUUUGCCAAUGCCCACACCUAUCACAUCAACUCAAUUUCUAUCAAUAGUGAUUAUGAAACCUACUUAUCAGCGGAUGAUUUGCGGAUUAAUCUCUGGCAUCUGGAAAUUACAGACAGGAGUUUUAAUAUUGUGGAUAUCAAGCCUGCCAAUAUGGAAGAGCUCACAGAGGUGAUAACGGCUGCAGAAUUUCAUCCCAACAGCUGUAACACGUUUGUGUACAGCAGCAGUAAAGGAACUAUUCGGUUAUGUGACAUGAGGGCAUCUGCGCUCUGUGACAGGCAUUCUAAGUUGUUUGAAGAACCUGAAGAUCCCAGCAACAGGUCAUUUUUUUCUGAAAUCAUCUCCUCUAUUUCUGAUGUAAAAUUCAGCCAUAGUGGUCGCUAUAUGAUGACUAGAGACUAUUUGUCAGUCAAAAUUUGGGACUUGAAUAUGGAAAACAGGCCCGUGGAGACAUACCAGGUACAUGAAUACCUCAGAAGUAAACUUUGCUCACUGUAUGAAAACGACUGCAUAUUUGACAAAUUUGAAUGUUGUUGGAAUGGGUCUGACAGGUAA